AUUUUCAGAAACUGAACAAUGUAUUUUGGUACUAUUGCCUGUAAUCGCACGUCUUAAGGGUAACUGUAAUAAUUUAAUAUCACAAGGUCACAAGAGAAAUGAAUAAUUGUUGAAAAAUAUGAUGGAUCCACAAUUAGCUCAAGCAUUAAAGGCAGCACCAACCAACGAAUACCUUCUACAAGGAAGCAUUUUAGACAGUUCGUUAGAAGUCUUACUGUGUAGACUGAAAGGUCUUUGUGAUCAUGCUGAUUCUCCUGAAGAAAAAUUUGUAGAUCAUGAAAUGGUGUAUGCCAUCAAGAAUGCCAGUAUUCCUCAGCCAUUACAGUAUAGUGUCAGACAUUCCCUGGUUCAACCAGAAAACUGGCAACUACGAUACCUUGGUCAUUCUGAGAUGGGAGAUAAAAGUCGACACACACUAAUCAGGAACUGUGUUGAUGUAGCUACCUCAGAUAAUGUUUUACAGUUUCUUCAUGAAGUUGGUUUUAGAUUGGACCAUGAAUUUGUUGUAAAAGGUUUUUACUUCCAUAAAGGCAGAAUGAAAGUGACUGUCUCUAAAAUAUUUAAGAUGCUGCAACAAGGGCACACAACAGACAAUUUGGAAUCAAUAGUGCCAUCCUACUUGGUAGAACUCAGUGUACUGGCGACGGCUGGACAAGAUGCUAUUGCUGAAGACAUGAAAAACUUUGCAGAACAACUCAAACCUCUUGUGCAGCUUGAGAAGAUAGAUCACAGAAGAUUACAAGCCACUGGGACAUAACCAUCAGAUUUACAACUUAAACACAACAUAACUGCUUGGGCGGAUAUUAAAAGUCAUGAAAUUGAGUUUCUUGCAAUUGGCUGGAUAUAAUCGACUAAUAGCGUAAAUGCUGAUCUAGAAUCUCAAACCAACAGGUUCAUUAGUCAAUUUGAAGGACAAAAUUUGUCUGGUUAGAUGUAUAUGAUCAUGAACCAGCAAAAAGUAUAUGUCAAAGACAGUUUCAGAAUGAAUACUUUAUUGCUGUACCAUUGAUGAAUAUUAAAAUGUAUAAAAGUACA